AUGCAUCUCUCAGCAGUGUUCAACGCCCUCCUGGUGUUGUUGCUGGCGGCUGUCCUGUGGAAGCAUGUGCGGCUGCGGGAGCACGCGGCCGCUUUGGAGGAGGAGCUGGCCCUCAGCCAACAGGCUGCAGAGCCAGCCCCAGCGCUGAGGAUCGACUACCCCAAGGCGCUGCAGAUCCUGAUGGAGGGCGGCACACACAUGGUGUGCACAGGCCGCACACACACGGACCGCAUCUGCCGCUUCAAGUGGCUCUGCUACUGCAACGAGGCCGAGGAGUUCAUCUUCUUCCACGGCAACACCUCUGUCAUGCUGUCCAACCUGGGGUCCCGGCGCUUACAGCCAGCCCUGCUCGACCUGUCCACCGUGGAGGACCACAGCACCCAGUACUUCAACUUUGUGGAGCUGCCCGCCGCCUCCCUGCGCUUCAUGCCCAAGCCAGUGUUCAUGCCCGACGUGGCCCUCAUCGCCAACCGCUUCAACCCCGACAACCUCAUGCAUGUCUUUCACGACGAUCUGCUGCCGCUCUUCUACACACUGAGGCAGUUCCCUGGCCUGGCCCAUGACGCCCGGUUCUUCUUCAUGGAGGGCUGGGGCGAGGGCGCACACUUCGACCUCUACAAGCUCCUCAGCCCCAAGCAGCCUCUCCUGCGGGCACAGCUGAAGACCCUGGGCCGGCUGCUGUGCUUCUCUCAUGCUUUCGUGGGCCUCUCCAAGAUCACCACCUGGUACCAGUACAGCUUUGUCCAGCCCCAGGGCCCAAAGGCCAAUCUCCUCGUCUCGGGGAAUGAGAUCUGGCAGUUUGCACGGUUCAUGACAGAAAAACUGAAUGUGAGCCAGGUGGGAGCCCCGGGCGAGUCGUACAUUCUGGUCUUUAGCCGCACCCAGAACAGACUCAUCCUGAAUGAGGCAGAGCUGCUUUUGGCACUGGCCCAGGAGUUUCAGAUAACAGUGACAGUGUCCUUGGAGGACCACACCUUUGCAGAUGUUGUGCGGCUGGUCAGCAAUGCCUCCGUGCUAGUCAGCAUGCAUGGGGCUCAGCUGGUCACCACCCUCUUCUUGCCCCGUGGGGCAACUGUGGUUGAGCUCUUCCCAUAUGCUGUCAAUCCUGACCACUAUACCCCAUGUAGGACACUGGCCAUGCUGCCUGGCAUGGACCUCCAGUAUGUAGCCUGGCGGAACAUGAUGCCAGAGAACACAGUCACACACCCUGAGCGGCCCUGGGAUCAGGGAGGCAUCACCCACCUGGACCGGGCUGACCAGGCUCGUAUCCUGCAAAGCCGUGAGGUCCCACGUCAUCUCUGUUGCCGGAACCCCAAGUGGCACUUCCGAAUCUACCAGGACACCAAGGUGGACAUCCCAUCCCUCAUUCAAACCAUACGGCGUGUGGUGAAAGGUCAGCCAGGGCCACGGAAACAGAAGUGGACAGUCAGCCUGUACCCCGGCAAGGUGCGGGAGGCGCGAUGCCAGGCGUCGGUGCAGGGAGUCUCAGAGGCCCGCCUGUCCGUCUCUUGGCAGAUCCCGUGGAACCUCAAGUACCUGAAGGUGCGAGAGGUGAAGUACGAGGUGUGGCUGCAGGAGCAGGGCGAGAACACCUAUGUGCCUUUCAUCUUGGCCCUGCAGAACCACACCUUCACAGAGAACAUCAAGCCCUUUACCACCUACCUGGUGUGGGUCCACUGCAUCUUCAACAAGACCCUCCUGGGACUCUUUGCAGAUGUGCUGGUGUGCAGCAUGGAGCAAGAGGGCCACCCAGGCCUCAGGAGGUGGCUCCUCCAGCCAUCGUCCUCAGGCCCCCUGAGCCCCGCUGUGCUAUAA